ACGACAUAUUUUCAGAAGCAAGGCUAAAUAACUUGAAGGCUUUCCAUUGCGCUGGAUUACCCUUUCCACGCAAUGCGGUUCCUUCUUACGAGUCCUUAGAACAGGCGGUUCUUGCCUCCCGUGGCGUAGGAGAUUAGGGUAUCGAACCUAGUGCAUUACAGUAUCCUAAGGCGUCGAGUAGCGACAGGUGGUUCUCGCCGUCUUGAUUUCCCAUGGCGAAUCGGACAGAUCCAAGGGCGCGAACGGUUCACGGCACCAACCCGCAGAAUUUAGUGGAGAAGAUUCUUCGCGCCAAGAUCUAUCAGAACAUCUACUGGAAGGAACAAUGCUUCGGCCUCACAGCUGAAACCCUGGUCGAUAAGGCUAUGGAUCUGGACCAUUUCGGAGGAACGUUCGGAGGAAAUCGCAAACCUACCCCUUUCAUGUGUCUGAUUCUCAAGAUGCUACAGAUUCAACCGGAGAAGGAGAUUGUGGUUGAGUUCAUAAAAAACUCCGAUUACAAGUACGUGCGGCUGCUCGGGGCGUUCUACCUGCGGCUGGUGGGGAAGCCCAUGGAUGUGUACCAGUACUUGGAGCCGCUGUACAACGACUACCGGAAAGUGCGGCGGAAACUGGACAGUGGAAGCUAUGUGUUGUCACAUGUGGACGAGUUCAUGAGGAGCUUCUCACACUCGACUCCAGUUGCGACAUUGCGUUGCCUCGCAUACCUCGAAGGUGGACGUUGGAAGCAGCAGGGCAGUUGGAGCUGAGGAAGAGUGGUCUGGAUUACGACGAGAUGGAGGAGGAAGAGGAAGAAGAGGAGGAGGAGCGGGAACCUGUUCCUGAUAAGGCCGAGGAGAAAGAGCGGUAUCGGGACAGAGACGGGGAGAGAGACAGGGACAGGGACAAAGAAAGGGAUAGGGAUAAGGACAGAGACAGAGACUUGGACAGGGACAGGGACAGAGAUCGGGACAGGGACCGGGAGCGAGACAGGGACAAGGAUCGCGCUACUAUUCCAGUUGUGUCAGUCCGGGUAUGUGGUGAUGUGUUGUCUUUUGCUGUUUUGAUUGGGAGAACGACCAGCUGCACAUCUUCUGGGAAGCUUCUCAUUGGGAAGCUUCCUGAAGCAUACUGCAGCUGGGCUUGCAGGGCGGCAGGAGCUCAUCUUUUUUUUGGGCAGUCCUUCAGUGGCUUUUUGCCUCUGCAAGGUUGCCUUUUUCAGAUGGCCAACUUUCUCUUGUCCCCUCGUUCGUGCAUGGAUGAGGGUUGCCUUGGUGUCAACGUUCUCCCAAGAGUGAACUUGUGUUUGUACCCCUUUAUGGAGUUCUUUGGAGCUCCCUUGGUGUGCAAUCAUGGGUCUCAGCGCUUCCAGGUUUCCCAGUGCUGGCAGUGCUCUGAGAGAAGUAUAAAGUGCUGGACAUUGUGAAGUUUCUUCCUGUUUGGAGAUGGAAACUCUGUUAAGGUGUCUCAGGUCGGGUCUUCUUCUGUGUUGUGUUUCUCCACGUCAGUAUUGUUCUCUUUUUCUUUGCCUCUUUCUCGUUUUUUUUUUUUCAGGGACCGGGAUCGAGACAGGGACAGAGACAGAGGCAGGGAUCGAGACAGAGACAGAGACAGGGACAGGGGCAGGGACAGGGAUAGGGAUAGAGAUAGGGAGGGACAGAGACACGGACAGAGAUUGGGCAAGAGACAGGGGAAGGGAGCGAGACAGAGACAGGGACAGGGGUAGAGACAGGAGCAGGGAAAGAGAUAGGGGUAAGGACAGGGAGAGGGACAGGGAUAGGGAUAGGGAGCGGGAUAGAGACAGGGACAGAGAUGAGAGAGAGGGGGACUAUGAUGGGGAAAGGAACAGAGAUGGUGAUUCGAGGAAGCGUGAUCGAAGGGAUGAGAUGGCUGAUGAGAACAG